GGCCGGCCGGCCGCGGAGCGGGAGGCAGAAUGGGGGCUGUGGCAGGAGGUAGCGGUUUGCUGCGCGAGGCGGCCGCGCCAUGGACUGAGUGACACGGGGAGCCUCACGCCGCCGCCGGGAGUCGCUUUUCCCGCCCAGAGGCCGCCGGCGUGGGGAGCGGAUCGCAACGCAGCCGGGCCCUGCCCGCUCCUCCCAGAGCCACCAAAAAUCAACCUUAAUAUGGAAGAUGAGGUACAGUUUGUGACAAUGAGAAAAACCCUGAAAGUCACAAAGCCUCGUUUUGAUGCAUCCCUGGUUUACCUGACCCGAAAAUUCAUGGAUCUUGUCAAAACUGCUCCAGAUGGUGUUCUUGAUUUGAAUGAAGUAGCAACAACUCUGGGGGUACGAAAACGAAGAGUAUAUGACAUCACCAAUGUGUUGGAUGGAAUCCACCUAAUUCAGAAAAGAUCUAAGAACCUUAUCCAGUGGGUAGGAUCUGAUCUCGAUCAGAUUGCUGGAAAGGCAUCAGAGCAACAAAAGCUUAGAGAUGAACUUUCUGAUUUAUCAGCAAUGGAAGAAGCUCUGGAUGAAUUAAUUAAAGACUGUGCUCACCAGUUGUUUGAAUUAACGGAUGACACAGAAAAUACAAAACUAGCUUAUGUGACGUAUCAAGAUAUUCAUAGCAUUAAGGCCUUUCAAGAACAGAUUGUUAUGGCAAUCAAAGCUCCAGAAGAAACAAAACUAGAAAUACCAGCUCCUAAAGAAGAUUGUAUAGAAGUACGUAUAAAGAGCACAAAGGGACCCAUUGAUGUAUAUUUAUGUGAAGUGGAGCAAGAUAACCCGGGUGCCAAAACUUUUGAAGAUAUGGAUACUCUGACAUCAGAAACUAAAUCAUCAGUACCUCUUGAUGAAGAGUGAGAUCUUCUAAGAAGAACCAUUAGAACGCCAAGUCCUGAGCAGAUUAUCGUGAAUAUCUGUGCUGCAGAAUUCCCUAAGAGAGCCACUUGGAACUAUGACUAUGCUAAACUUGUAAUACUCUCAAAUGUUUUUCAAACUUAAAAUGGGAAUAAUUCAGUUGUUGAGUGCUUUCACACAAUUAUCUUCAAUUGCUUCAGUCUAAAAGAAGGCAAAUCAAGGAGCCAUUUUUAGGAGCUUUGUUUCUACACUUGUGCAUAAUCUGCAGUGUUUGGGGAAAAUGGCCUUGUUUUUACUGUUUUUAUUAAAUAAUUUGAAUGAUAGUAAAUAUGGACAAGAAAUUACUUCAAAAAAUGAAGAUUCUUUAAAGCUGCAUCUGGAAUAAAACACCAAAACAUGGUCCUGCAAGAAUAUAGAUAAUAAAGAAAUGCACUUUUAAUUCUGAAGCUGCACUGUCACUAAACAGGAUUGUUAAAUAUAAUAUUAGAAUCAAGAACUGGAGUAUUGGAAGGCUUUUCUUACCCAUAAGGAGUAUAAGACAAGUAAACAUGAAAAACUGAAGCUAUGCCUUGCACUGUGUGGAUGCUGUUUGCAUCCAACUCAGCAUGUAACUCUAGUGUGAACGAUGAAGUUAAAGGCAUGGCUUUUGUGUAUAUAUCUGUAUGCUGUUUAGAUAGUCACUGAUGGAGAUUGACAAAACGAAUUGCACUUCUGCCUUUGUACAGCAAAAACUGAAAUAAACUUGUAAAUAUAAAAAGUGGUCAGUC